AAAAAGGGCGGAAUCUUAUCGCCUCACAGAACGAUCGUCCCGCCCAUUGACAGAACAUCAUCCUGCACUGGGGAUACCCUAGUAACCCUACGCCUCUACAGUCAUCUGGUGUCUCCAACCCUCAAGAAUAGUCCCACUGCCAUUCCUUAGUCGCCGACAGCCUAUCCUUCUUUCGCCGCCUCCUCCUCCUCCUCCGCCUCCGCCGCCGCCGCUCACUAUGGCCGAACGUAUCUUGAUGAACGAAUACAAGACCCUCGCCAAGGAGCCAUGGGUCAAUAUCGAGCUCGAAAACGAGGAUAUCUUCAGGUGGACUAUCGGCUUAAUCGUCCUCAACCCCGACUCCUUGUACUACGGCGGUUAUUUUAAGGCGUCCAUGAAAUUUCCCAAAAACUAUCCUUUUUCGCCCCCAGAGUUCGCCUUUCGACGCCCUCUAUACCACCCCAACAUCUAUCCUGAUGGGAAACUCUGCAUCUCGAUUCUCCACGCACCAGGCGAAGAUGAAAUGUCGGGCGAGCUGGCCUCGGAGCGAUGGUCCCCUGCUCAACGUGUUGAAUCCGUCUUAAUCUCCAUCCUCUCGUUACUAGACGACGCGGAAGUAUCGUCCCCCGCCAACGUCGACGCCGGCGUGACGCUGCGGAAGGAACCUGAGGAAUACAAGUCGCGCGUUCGGAAGGACGUCGAGAUCUCGAAGCAAGACAUCCCCGAAGGCUUCGUCAUGCCGACCCACCAACCGGCAACAGUUAAGCCCGUAGAGAAGGACGAUUCGGAUUUCUGGGCGGAGAGCGAUGCAGACGAUGACGUGUUCGGAGGGAGCGACUCGGACGAAGACAUGGACUUUGACGAUCAAGACACUGGCAGUGAUGAGGAAGAGGAUGACGAGGAGAAGAAGGGGCGGGCUUGAUCUCGUCCUUCUCUUUUAUGGUUUUUUUUUUUUUUUUUUU